AACGAAUGUAACGUUAUUCAUUUUCGGAGCUUUGGCGAGGGAAUUGUAAGUGAUUUUAAAUCAAGACUACAUUCUUUCGUUUAUAGCAGUUGUUUUUCAUGCAUAAGCCAUCGUAAUGCGUUUUCUUUAUUAAGAGCUGAAAUUCCGGGGGGUAUUAGAUGUCGUGAGGUCAAAGGGACCAACUUUUUUUUGACUCAGAUUUCGCAGGCUUGUCCGCUUUUAUCUCUUGCCUAGCGACGUGAGGUUGUAUUUAAUACCAGCUCUCUAUAUUGAGAGUCAAACAAGGGUUUAUCUGCGCCCAGUAAUGGCGACAGUGCUUCCAGCAUUUGAAAAGAAAUCAAAUUGGUUUGUAAAACGCGAAAAUCAAAGCUGGUGGGAAUCGAAUGCUUUAAAAAGCGUUUCUAAUACCAACGAAGUGGAGACUCCGGCGGCACUCGGCGAUCGUGACCGCGCUAAAAACUCUAAAUCUCGUUUGCAUUCUCGUCCCGUUGUCCUUCGGCAUCAAAGUCUUCAGAGUCUUCCAACGAUCAAAGAGCCACCGGAGCCAACACGAACAGCGCCAGGGAGCUUAGCAAUGAACGGCGAUGAAUCCAGUCAAUCGUUUGGAUCUAGAAACGAAAAUCUUCGGUUGUGUAUCAAAAGAUGGAGGAAAAUAAGUCUAAACAAAGCCAACGCUUCGAGUAUUCAUUUCGAGCCACUGGAGUGCUUCAGAAGAUUAGCAAGACUAGUCAUGGUUGUCAUACGCCUUGGACGUGCAUGCCAAAGUAACCCCAAAGCCAUUUUUCAUCAGGAAGGAAUCUGUAAGUCGUUUCUUGAGAUUAUGGAAGGAUACAUGACAACAAGAGAGAAACACCUAACUAACAUCCAUCACGACAAACCUGGCUUCUCAAGUGCAGCACCAGUGUUUGAUCCAAAGCAAUUCAAGGCGAAUAAAGAGGUUAAGAUUAGUAAGGAAGUCAAACAACUGCUGAGCUCAAGGCCAGAGGAACGGACAAGCGACCAACUCCAAACCAUAUUAUACGCUCUUCAAACCUUGGAAUCAUUUUCUGAGCUUCCUCUCCAUAUGCAACAAGACGUGUGUAAAGUUGCCUGGCUGCAAAGCCUUCCUGCGAAUAAAAUUAUUAUAAAACAAGAUCACGUAGCAGAGAGCUUUUAUUUUCUCAUAAAUGGAACCGUGACAGUACUAUCGGAAAAUGACCCAACUAAGGAUUCUCCGUUCACGUCCCUAGCCACACUUAAGAGAGGCUCUAGUUUUGGGGAAACUGCCAUUCUGAAAAACUGCCGCAGGACGGCAUCUGUUGUCAGCAACGAUACUGUUCAACUACUAGUGAUAGGAAAGGAGGAUUAUCAGAGAAUUUUCAUGGGCCAGACCAAGACGGGAGAGGAACCAGCACAUCUAAAAUUUUGUAGGAGUUUGGACUUUCUCGCUGAUUGGCCUGUUGACCUGUUACUUGCCCACCCGGAAAAUUGUCUCUUUAAUUACUUCAGGUNUACAAGCCAGAUGAUUAAGAAAUUUUAACGUAAGAAAAGGAAACUGUUGUAACUUUUUUUUAAGGGGGUUUGCCAAGUCCUUCUAAGCCUUGAAAUAACCAAGCCGAGGUUAUCUAGGAAGCCUCCCAACAAGGGAGAAUUAUCAACAGCCGAUAAACUGGCAAACCUGACUGAUGACCGUCACAGAAAAUCUAGUUAUCCCGCUUCCAAAUUAAGGUGUCUGCCGACAAGGAGAAGCAGUACACAACUGACUACAGGAUCAUAUUCAACUGAGAAAAAAAGAACGAAAUCUCUUCCGCCCGUGUUUCCUAUCACUGAAGUACCGACAAACUCUCACCUUCAGUCCAGAAAACAAACAGCAUUUGUACAGCUGGGUCUACUGCACCCCAGAAGUGUUUUCGGUCUGUCUACCCUCCUAAAUUUCGAUGAUGAUUUUCAACUUCUCCAGCAAGCCAGCGUUAGCCUGGUCAGUCGAGGAGCCGAAUGUGUAAUGAUUUCCAAAAAAUUCUUUAUAAAUCAAGCAAGUGAACUGACUAAAAAAUGGAUUAGACAUAACGUAAGUAUAAUUUUUAUUUUCACAAACAAUGGGACACGUUUACUCAAACGUCAGAAAUGUAGCUAAACUUGUUCAGUAAUCACGUUUGUAAUUUGAAGCAGUGAAUUCAUGGGAAUUAGGUUCUCGCGCCAACCUCGUUCCCGGGGAAAGCCCUGGGAACGAGGUUGGUUCUCGCACGACAAGAUAAUAUGGCGGGAAAAUUGGACUCAGCGGAAUGCCAGCCAUUAUGGUAGCCAUUGCAUCACGUAUA